CUUCUAUUCUGAGAAGUUGCCGGGUUCCAGCAGGGUGGGGCGAGUUGUGGUCCUCAACACCAAUCUGUACUACAGCAACAACGAGCAGACAGCUGGCAUGGCCGACCCUGGCCAGCAGUUCCAGUGGCUGGGAGAUGUCCUGAGCAAUGCAUCUCGGGAUGGGGAGAUGGUGUACAUUAUUGGCCACGUGCCCCCAGGGUUCUUUGAGAAGACACAGAACAAGGCCUGGUUCCGAGAGAGCUUCAAUGAGGAGUAUCUGAAGGUGAUCCAGAAGCACCAUCGUGUCAUAGCAGGACAGUUCUUUGGACACCACCAUACCGACAGCUUCCGAAUGUUCUAUGACAACACAGGUGCCCCCAUAAGCGUCAUGUUUCUCACACCUGGGGUCUCCCCGUGGAAGACCACAUUACCUGGAGUGGUGGAUGGGGCCAACAAUCCAGGGAUACGCAUUUUCGAGUAUGAUCGAGCCACCCUCAACUUGAAGGACAUGGUGACUUACUUCUUGAACCUGAGGCAAGCGAAUGUACAAGAGACCCCACUGUGGGAGCAGGAGUACCGCCUGACGGAGGCCUACCAGGUGCCGGAUGCCAGCAUCAGCUCCAUGCACACGGCGCUGACCCGCAUUGCCAGUGAGCCGCACAUCCUGCAACGUUAUUACGUCUAUAACUCGGUCAGCUACAACCAUCUGACCUGUGACGACAGCUGCCGCGUCGAGCACGUUUGUGCCAUACAACACGUGGCUUUCAACACUUACACUACCUGCUUGCAUGGUAUUGGUGCCAAGGUGGUUCCUGGUUUCCUGCUCAUACUGACUCUGCUGCCAAACCUGCACGUAUUGGAGGUGCUAUGACUGUAGGCACUGCCAGCCCACCCACUUACUUGGUUCAUCUUCCUCCCGGUAAAAUUGGGCAACAUUACCCAAUGAACUUUUGCCAUCAGUCUCCCGCUGCUGCGGAGAGUAAAGUGGGAUGGGACAACUUAGAUUCACCAGAGAGGGCGCUAAGAAGCACAUUUCUUCCAAGUUUCACGUUUUAUCCACAAAACUUGUUUGCGGUGCAUGUCUUGGUGCAUUAGUCCCUGUAAUACAAACAUAUCAAACCACCAUGCACUUGAUCACCACAGUGAAGUGAGCCGGCGGGAAGAUGGGCCCUGGAGAUUCAGUGCUUUCGAUGUGGUCCCUGCUCAAGGUCUGAACCGGGAAUGCACGUGGUGUGCAAAACUUUUGUUUGUUUUUGCUUUUUUUUUAAAUUUUUUUUAUUUGAGA